AUGAUACCUGGUGGUCGAAAAUUUGUCUGGCCAGUAUUCCAAAAAGUUCAAAAGAUUUCUCUCAACAUUAUGACUCUCAUUAUCGAAAGUCCGCGAAUAUAUACGCAACUUGGUGUGCCAAUUACAGUUACUGGCGUGGCUCAGGUAAAGAUACAGGGUUCUAGCAACGAAAUGCUAGAAACCGCCUGUGAACAAUUUCUUGGUAAGGAUGAGGAUGAAAUCCGCGAAAUUGCCAAGGAGACUUUAGAGGGCCAUCAACGUGCGAUCAUGGGCAACAUGACAGUCGAAGAAAUAUAUAAGGAAAGUCUUAUAUACGACAGAAAAAAGUUCUCAAAGGCUGUGUUUGAAGUUGCAAGUUCUGAUCUUGUGAAUAUGGGGAUCAGUGUAGUUAGUUAUACGCUCAAGGACAUCAAGGAUGAUGAGGGUUAUCUGCAUUCCUUGGGGUUGGCUCGAACUGCUCAAGUUAAAAAAGAUGCACGGAUAGGUGAGGGCGAAGCCCGUCGGGACGCUGGGAUGCGCGAAGCCAUUGCUGAGCAGCAACGUGUGGCGGGAAAGUUGUCGAAUGACGUGCAAAUCGCACAAGCGCAACGUGAUUAUGAGUUGAAGAAAGCAGUUUUUGAUUCUGAGGUGCAAGAGAAGAAGGCCAUUUCGGAUAUGGCUUAUGAGCUUCAGGUGAAUAUAUUUACUCCCCCCAGCUUAUCUAUCCAUUUAUACCAAUGCUUAUUACUUUUGAGGUUUAUUUGUGAUAAGAUAAAAUGA